GGAGGCUGGUAUUAGAUUGAACACAUACACUACUUCGAGUCGUGCCGUGGUGCGUGGCCGUCACGUUUCCUUUUCUACUCUCUAUACAAAGGGAAUAGGAGAGGGGCAUGCGCAUGGACAAUCGUAUGACGCGCUGCUGGAGUGCAUACUGUCCCUGCAGAGAGAACUGAUGACGCAGCCUGUUUGUCGUGUACUUAUCUGGGCACGAUGCAGCCAGCACUGCGCUCUCAAAAAUGAUUGAAGAAGCGCGCAAACUACGCCUGGCAUGAGCCGAUCACAACAUGAUUAUUGUGUGGUUUUCUCGCCAGUCCUUGGUAGCAAGCAUACAGACACCUCAUGACUAAAGCAUAGCAAUAACUCAACGACUACGGGUAUGCUUGUUUUCGGAUCAUGCCCUCCACUUCGAGUUCUACAACGACGUUGUAUGUAAUUCUGUGCGUGCUGUUACUCACAUGAUGAAGGAACUCGAUGACUUGGUCGAGCUUGCGUUCAGCGCUGAGAUGAACGAUGCCGAGGAAAGUCGUCGACAUAGGACUGUGCUAGUACAACAGCACACAGUCGCGCAACCCUCCUUCUCGACGAUCACUAGUACAACAACCGCACACUUACUAGUUCUUGUUACAACAUCACCCACUGAAUCUUCAAGGCGAGGAAUCAUCCUCGUUGCACACUUUUCUACCGCAGUUAGUUAGUGUGAAACCAACCGUAGCCUACAUUUCAAUUGUCGUAGUCCUCGGAGGACAAGUGUAUGUCCAACUUCACGAGCAGACGAUGAAUAGGAUUUUUGUUGAUUCGCUCAAAGUUUUUUUUACAUGAUUUAGCUAGAAAAAGCUUAAUUCGAUCGUCUCGGAAUGAUUAUGUUAUAUGAACAAGCAGAUUUUUCAUGAUACUGGAUUGAUAGACUCGCUGUGAUGGAUAGGCCAUCCCCUGAAGUAUUCCUUCAGUCGUGGUUGCAGAAGUAAGAUCCUCUUUGCUACCCAGCCUUCUGGCACCUUGUUGUUGUCCUCGCUAGCAUGAUUUAUGACAGCUACAACUUAUCGUUAUCCAGCAGAGUCUUAACCUUUACUACAGAGAGAGAGGCCGCGUAUUUCAUGCAAGUGUCGCGUCUGAUUCAUGACGAAUCAAUAGUGUACCGAGCAAAGAACAAGGCCAUUUUCGAUCACACUCACUAUCUCACCGCCGUUGGCCUCUUUGCGUCCCCUCACAUUUGGUGCGGCUCUUCAGUUUUUCAACUAUCCGCAUGCGGCUCUCUAGCACCGCUACCAACUCCGUGGUGAAGAAAUACGCGCACUCAUUGCUUCGAGGGUAUCAGCCAGCACGAGAAAGAAGCGUCUUCAAAUCAAUGAAC